UUCUGAGGGGAAAAAGUAAGAAAGGCAUGAAAAAAAGCAGCUGGAAGAAACUUCGGACCAAUUCAACUUCUCCAAGCCCCUUAAAACACGGUUUGCUUUUGUAACUACCUGGGAGAGCGUUUGCGCGUUUAACAUUAGUUCCUUUUAAUAAUUAGCUGUGUGCAUUUGUCUAUCAAUGGGUCUGCCGACGCUGGAGUUUAGCGACUCUUUCCUGGACAGUCCGGAGUUCAGAGAGCGGCUGCAGUGCCAUGAGAUAGAGCUGGAGAGGACCAACAGGUUUAUAAAAGACCUCAUCAAAGAUGGAAACAUGCUGGUGUCUGCCCUCAGAAGUCUUUCUCUUGCUGUUCAACGGUUCUCUCAUUCCCUGCAGGAGUUCCAGUUUGAAUGUAUUGGAGACGCGGAGACUGAUGAUGAGAUCAGUAUAGCUCAGUCCUUAAAGGAGUUCUCUCAACUCUUGAGCACCAUGGAAGAAGAGAGAAAACGACUGAUCCAGAAUGCCGAUGACGUGUUGAUCUCACCGCUCGAGAGGUUUCGCAAGGAGCAGAUUGGAGCUGUUAAGGAGGGAAAGAAGCAGUUUGACAAGGAGACAGAAAGGUACUACUCUGUUCUGGAGAAACACCUCAGCCUGUCGUCCAAAAAGAAGGAAUCACAGCUAACCGAGGCUGAUUCACAGAUGAGUAAAGACAGGCAGGUUUUUUAUGAUGCCUCUCUGCAGUAUGUCUUCAAGAUCCAAGAAGUGCAGGAGAGAAAGAAGUUUGAGUUUGUGGAGCCGCUAUUAGCCUUCCUGCAGGGUUUGUUUACGUUCUACCAUGAGGGCUACGAGCUGGCCAGUGAAUUUGAACCCUACAAGCAAGAACUGCAGUUCAACCUGCAGAAUGCUCGUAAUAACUUUGAGAGUACACGAGUUGAGGUGGAAAGGCUGAUGAAGAGGAUCCGCUCUGCAGAAGAAGACUUCAAAGCCCCCAGUUGUUUUACCAUGGAGGGAUAUCUGUAUAUACAAGAGAAACGUCCGUUGGGCAGUGUGUGGACCAGAUACUACUGUACUUAUGAAAAAACCUCCAAGAUAUUCACCAUGGGCAACACAGAGGCCAGACCAGCCAGCAGACAGAACGGCGUGGUGAACGGUACACCUGAGAUGUUCAAGCUGCGCUCGUGUGUCAGAAGGAAGACAGAAUCAAUCGACAAACGCUUCUGCUUCGACAUCGAGGUGGUGGAGAGGCAUGGCGUCAUCACCUUGCAGGCGCUUUGUGAGGCCAACAGGCGGCUGUGGAUGGAGGCAAUGGACGGAAAAGAACCAAUUUACACUCUGCCUUCAUUGCUCAGUAAAAAGGAGGAGACAUUUCUUAACGGGCCAGGCUUCAACUUUGUCAAGAAGUGUAUAGAGCUGAUUGAAGCAAGAGGCCUUACCACCCUGGGAUUGUACAGGACUGGAGGAGUCAACUCCAAAGUGCAGCGGUUGAUGACGAGCGUGUUUGCAUCUUCAGCUCCCUCUGAGGUGCAGCUGGAUGCAGAGGCCUGGGACAACAAGACCAUCACUAGCGGCCUGAAGAAUUAUUUCAGGUGUCUGGCAGAACCGGUACUGACCUACAGACUGCAUAAAGAAUUCAUCAAGGCUGCAAAGUACGAUGACCAUAAGUACAGAGUGAGAGCCAUUCAUGCUCUGGUGCACAAACUACCAGAAAAGAACAGAGCAAUGUUGAAGAUCUUAACCAACCACCUCCUCAAGGUGUCCUCUCACAGUGACCAGAACCUGAUGACUGUGUCCAACCUGGGAAUGAUCUUCGGCCCGACGUUACUGAGGUCCCAGGAGGAGACGGUGGCCGCCAUGAUGAACAUCAAGUUUCAGAACAUUGUGGUGGAGAUUAUCAUUGAAAACCACAACAAGAUUUUUGGCGAGGCCCCGGAUCUGUCGUUGCCGUUACCUCCGGCUUCCUCCUCUCGGUCGACUCCUCGCAGGAGCAAGGUGAUCUGUAUGUCGUCGGGGAAGAGGAAGGCCCGUCUCUACCCUCCGGCUCUCUGCCUGGCAGACAACGACAGUGACACCUUCAGCAGCAGCCCCAGCACGACCCCGAUGGGCAGCCAGGAGUCUCUGUCCUCUCACUCCUCUGAGAAGAACGGCUUGUCUCAGACCUCUCCUCUGUCCUCUCCGGCUGCUGAGUCCGGCUCGUCCUCCACAGCUCCGGUGUCUCCUCCUGCCGCGUCCUCCUGCUCCCCGUCCCACAACUCCUCAAGCGGGAAUGAUCAGAAACAACCGCCGGACAGCGCCGCCUCCCCUCCCCUCACGCCUUCCUCUUCCCGGACUUCCUCCAAGCUCAAUCCGACUUCCUCUGUGUCCUCCACGUCCUCUUUAAUCUCCAAAGAGACGAGUCUGUCUGGUAAAGGAAACUCUACUGCCUCCUUAUCAUCCCUCAAAGAGUCUAGAUCUCCUUCCUUAGCCUCCUCGUCCACUGCCUCCAUCCAGGACUCUUUAGUGGAGCGCACCCCCCCCCUCAGCAGGGGUCGACCCGUUCAGAGAGGGUCGUCUGUCUCCUCUCUGAAGAGCACUCUUUCAGUGGAUCAACGAAAUGCAUCUAGCAAUACCUCCACUCUCAAAGAAACCAAAGUGACGGACUCUACGUCUUCACCUCGGCAGCUCAGAAAACCUUACAGGACUGCCUCCUCCUCCUCUUCGUCGUCUUCGUCUUUAUUCCCCUACCAGCUCUCCACAUCUUCCUCUCUCACCUCCCUCCACAUCUCUGAGGAUUACAGAAGUUGUCACGGAUCUGUACAGAGUCUCAUGUCGUCGGACCAACAAGAGGCAACACACAAACGUAAACCUGCACACACCCGCUGGGGCUCCGAUCUGAAACACCCUGCAGGCUCUGCAUCCAGCAACGGCUACCAGAGGCCUGGAUCACUAAUACCAGGCAGACUACCACAGCGUGAGAGUUCAGUAUUCUCCUCAGCGUUAGACAUUUGUUCAGGAAGGGAUGCGAAAGCUCUUUACUCGUGUGAGGCGGAGCACAGCCAUGAGCUCAGUUUUCCACAGGGGGCGCUGUUCUCAAAUGUGUACGCCUCUGUGGAACCAGGUUGGCUUCAGGCGACGUACAACGGCAGAACAGGCCUCAUACCUGACAACUACAUCACAUACAUGUGACAGACCCGGUAACCAAACAACACAAAUAUCUAACUUAGACUUUAGGGAUCUCCAGUGCGUGCAGUAAUAAUCUGUGCUGCAGAUCGAAGAUAUAAUAUAUUCAUCAUGUGACUGUUACUGAACAACUGUGGCUCGAUACUAACGAUGUAUGUACUGAAUGUAUAUCUGACCAUGCUAGGUGAUAUUAACCAGCUUAUAAUACAGUAGAUGUUAACAUCUUGUCUUUUGCUCCACUCCUUCAUGACAGUGUCACUUAAUCAACGUGAUCAGCUCCUUUUAUGUUGUGUUCUACACUAUGCAUACAUGAAAUGUGUCUGUAAUGUACGUGGAAAAAAUUUUUUUUUGAUCAAUUCAUGUGAUUUAUGUAUAAAUUAUCAUACUAAUAUCAAAACUGUUUUUUACCUUUGUGCCUGAAACCGUGUGAAUCGGUUUACGACUGAAUCCUGACACAUUUCUUAUACUGUGUGUAAGGUUUCACACUAAAUAAUAAUAAACUUAAUCUACAAAAACAAA